GCCAACAGGUGAGGCUAACCCAACAGGUUCCAGAAGCCAGGGGCAAUGGGGCGGAGCAUAGUGCCUGACUUAGGUGGCAACGGGCUGGGGGCCCUGCCACACUGGGGCAGGCAGGCAGGCAGGCAGGCAGGCAGGCAGGAGACGCAUUUGCUGCUAUCUUCCUGCUGCAACCAGCGGGGUGCAGGCCAUGGAGCCCACUGGAGGGUGACAGCAGCCUGGUGGGCGGGCAUGUUUGGAGGCCUGGGGCCUGGGGGCCCGGGAGCACAGGGCAUGGCAGGACCCCUGCGGGGCAGGGUGGAGGAACUGAAGCGGCCCUGGUGGCGGGAGAGCUCACCACUGGUGCUGCAGCACAGCGAGGCAGCCCGGCUGGCGGCCGACGCCCUCCUGGAGCGGGGUGAGGCUGCCUACCUGCGGGUCAUCUCAGAGGAGCAGGAACUGCCCUUCCUGAGCUCCCUGGAUGUGGACUACAUGACCAGCCAUGUGCGUGGGGGUCCUGAGCUGGGUGAGGCCCACGGACUGGAGGCCUCAGGACCUGACCGCCUCAGCCUGCUCUCAGAAGUCACCUCGGGCACUUACUUUCCCACGGCCUCUGACAUAGACCCCCCGGACCUGGACUUGGGCUGGCCUGAGAUUCCACAGGCCACGGGCUUCAGCCCCACCCAGGCUGUGGUCCACUUUCAGCGGGACAAGACCAAGAACAUCAAAGACCUUCUGCGUUUCCUCUUCAGCCAGGCCCGCACGGUGGUGGCUGCGGUGAUGGACAUAUUCACAGACAUGGAGCUCCUGUGCGACCUCAUGGAGGCCUCUAGUCGGCGUGGCGUCCCUGUCUACCUGCUCCUGGCUCAGGAGCACCUGAGCCACUUCCUGGAGAUGUGCUAUAAGAUGGACCUCAAUGGGGGGCACCUGCCGAACAUGCGUGUACGGAGCACAUGUGGGGACACAUACUGCAGCAAGGCGGGCCGCCGCUUCACGGGACAGGCCCUGGAGAAGUUCGUCAUCAUCGACUGUGAGCAGGUGGUGGCGGGCAGCUACAGCUUCACCUGGCUUUGCAGCCAGGCCCACACCAGCAUGGUGCUGCAGCUGCGGGGCCGCAUCGUGGAAGACUUUGACCGGGAGUUCCGCUGUCUGUAUGCCGAGUCACGGCCUGUGGAGGGCUUCUGCAGCGGCGAGGAUCCCAGGGCACCGUGCCCUCCUCUGGCGGCCCUGGCCUUCGGGCCCAGCAUCCCAAGCCGCAGGUCCUCAUCGCCCUCCAGCACCAGCCUCAGCAGCAUCAAGCACUCCCCUCUCAUGGGCCGCUCCUCCUACCUUGCUCUACCAGGAGGCGGUGGCUGCAGUGACACAGGAAUGGGGUCCUCAUCCCCAGGCCCUACUUGUCGCAAAGCCAGUGGCCAGCCCUCCCUCCAACGCCAGCUGUCAGAUCCUAACCAUGGCUCACCGCCAGGGCCCUACAGGGCCAACCUGGGCAAGAUGGGGGCGUCCCUGUGGUCCCAGUCCUCCCCUGCCCUCAACCACAGUAGCACCAGCCCCUUGACCCUGGCAGUGGGGUCACCUCUGCUUACUCGCCCACGCUCCCUCCUCCCCUUCUCCCGGGGUGUCCCAGCCCUAUCUAGGCUGCCAGAGAACGGGCUCCCAGGCAGCCAGGAGCCUUGCCCCCCACGAGGUCGCUGGGGACCUGGCACAGCCCUGGAGACAGUGGAGGAGAAGAAGGUGUCUCUGAGUCAGAGCCAUGGCCAACUGGAUCUCCUUAUCCCCUUUCCCAGAGCUCGAGAAGCAAGAGGCCCUGAUCCUCGUGUUACCUCCAACUCAGACUCCCUGUGGCCUGGUGAGCAGGCCCAAAAGGACAGGAGGUUAUCCCCAAACCAGAAAUACAACCAGCUGGAUCUCCUGCCCCAGGCCCAAGGUGCUGGGGGUGCCCCUGAGUCAGGUUCCCCCAGACCUGGCCAUGGGAACCCAGAGCAUAAGAGGCUGCCUCCAAACCACAGCCAUGGCCAAUUGGACCUCCUGCCACAGUACCCUAAGACUGGGGGCUCCAGAGGGCCCCCUGAAGCCAACUCCUCAGCCAGGGCUGGCAAGCAGGGUCCAGAUGAGCGACGGCAGACCCUGGGCCACAGCCAGCUGGACCUCAUCACAAAGUUUGGCCCAUUCCGGGGUGAGGGGCCGGGGCCCAAUAGUCUCCCUAGACCGAGCCAUGCUCGCAAGCCUGGAGUGGGCUCUGCGGAUGAGAAGCGGCUGACUCUGGGCCACAGCAAGCUGGACCUCAUCACCAAGUACCAUCAGUUGCAGGGUGCCAGGCAGGGACCUGAGCAUGGCCUCCCGGGGAGACCCACAGGUGACCAUUGCAAUGGCAGUAGCAGUGGCCCAUUUGGGGAUGAGAAGCGGCUGACCCUGGGCCACAGCAAACUGGACCUCAUCACUAAGUUCAACAAGUCCAAGUUCAAGCUGCUCCGAAGCCGCUUUGAGUCCUAGUCUUGCUCCCAGCAGGGACAUGUCCCUCCUACACCUGCUGAGACUAGAUUUGGUCAGGUUCCAGACUCUGGGGUAGACGCUCAGGCAUAGGCUGCAGGGGAGGAAAGGAUGCCUAGAAGCCCAGGUUAGACACCCCCUGCGCUCAGGAUUCUUGCUUACACACACACA